GUGCAGAUUCUAUUAAUAUUGGAAAAGGUUUUGGUCCUAUGCAUUCAUCAUAUUUUAUCUGCUAUGGAAUUGAAGCCUCUCUACUAAAAUGUCACUAUUACACCUCUUCCUGUGGCUAUUCAUACCAUGCUGGAGUUGAAUGUGAAUCUCCUUGUAUUGAGGGGUCUGUUCGAUUAGAAGGUGAUGAUAGAUAUGAAGAAUUUGGUCGAGUUGAAGUAUGUAUUAAUGGAACUUGGGGCACCAUUUGUGACAAUGGUUGGGAUAAUAAUGAUGCCAGUGUAGUAUGCAGACAGCUGGGCUACUCUCCUUAUGGAGCUAUAGCUAAAACUUCAUAUUUUACUGAAAACUGGUUACCUUUUCAUCUUUACAGUGUGAAUUGUAGUGGUAAUGAAAGUACACUGCUUAACUGUUCCUACUCAACUACUGGAUCUUGCUACAACACUCAAGAUGCUGGUGCUAUUUGUCAAGGUGUUGGUAUUGCACAUAAUAAUUGUACUGAUUAUGCAGUUCGCUUGGUGGAUGGAGCAACUACAAAGGAGGGAAUAGCUCAAAUAUGUCUUAAUAGGGUCUGGGGUACAUUUUGUUCCAAGGAAAAUCACUACUUUUAUCGUGUGGAUGCUAACCUAAUCUGUAGAGAGCUUGGAUACAAUGGCAGUGGAAUGACUUAUUUUGUUGAGUCUUCUAGUGUAGAUGUUUUGCUGGUAGCUGAUAUGAGCUGCUCUCAAUCUGCUACUAGUAUUAAGCAAUGCAAUCUAACACAUUACACUAAGUUAUCUAGGUGUGAUGCUAGACACACUGCAGCAGUUAGAUGCCACAAUUGUACUGAAGGUAGUGUUAGACUGAUACCUUAUGAUUCUUAUUUUGAAGAUGUUGGACGUGUUGAAGUUUGUGUUGAUGGUUCUUGGGGUAGUAUAUGCUAUCAUCAUUUUACUGACAAUGAUGCUCAAGUUGUCUGUAAACAUUUAGGAUACACUGCAUUAGGGUCAAUUUCACUGGGAAGACUUCGUUAUUAUAAUGUCAUUCCCCUUCACAUUGUUAAUCUUAAUUGUACUGGUAAUGAAGAGAGUAUAUGGGAUUGCCCCUCAAGUACACAAGGACAAGAAUCCUGCACUGUAUACUCUGAUGCAUCAGCUGCCUGUCAUGGUUUCGCUGUAGCAUAUUCUGAUUGUGCUAAUG